AUGGACAAGCCUGCAGAUUUCUCAGACCCUUUUCUCACAAUGUUUAGUUACAAGGAGUUGAAAAUUGAAACGAGGAAUUUCAGGUCUAAGUUAGGGAGGGGAGGAUUCGGCUCCGUGUUUAAAGGAUCUCUAGCAGAUGGUACGCUUGUGGCCCUAAAGAAAAUGGAGGGUUCGAGACAAGAUGAGAAGCAAUUCAGAGCGAAAAUCAGUUCCCCUGGAAGCAUACAACAUGUGAAUUUAGUCAGGCUACGAGGGUUUUUUGCAGAAGGGUCGCGACGGUUAUUGGUUUAUGAUUACAUGCCCCACGGCUCUCUGAAUUCCUUUCUGUUCACAAGUCCGUCCAAAAGUAAACGGAGGGUACUCGACUGGAAGAUCCGAUUGGAGAUCGCGUUAGGUUCUGCAAGAGGGUUACUUUAUCUCCACGAAGAAUGCAGAGAUUGCAUCAUUCACGGCGAUGUCAAGCCCGAAAACAUUCUGCUGGACAGUAAUUUGUCCCCCAAGUUAGCGGAUUUCGGCCUGGUAAAGCUUGUGGGUAUAGAUUUUAGCCGCGAGCUGACCACCACACGAGGAACCAGAGGGUACUUGGCUCCAGAGUGGAUCUUUGGUCUUCCCAACUCAUCUAAGGUUGACGUCUACAGUUUUGGUAUGACGCUUUUGGAAAUCAUUUCGGGACAAAGAAAUGUAAACUUAAAUGUCCAAGCUUCAAGUAACUUUUACUUUCCUUCAUGGGCUGCAACUCAAAUUCAGCAGGGGAGCACGAUGAAUAUUGUGGAGGAGGGUGUUGCAGCGGAGGCAAACAUGGAAGAGGUGAGAAGAGUAUGUGUUGUAGCGUUGCUAUGCAUUCAAGAGGACGAGGAAGUGAGGCCUAGCAUGGGGCAAGUGGUGCAGAUGCUGGAAGGGAAUAUAGAGCCUCAAACUCCGCAGAUUUCGAGCUCAACGUUUAGGCCAGAACACCCAAGUGACACAAGCAGCUACAGCGAGGGUAACGUUACCAGUAAGAAAAAUGUUAAUGGAUCAAUGCAUUCUAAAAUGCAGAGGCAUGUUAUUUAA